CUUUCUCUUGCAUUCGAGAGAGACAGAGGCCUGUUCUCAGUCAGGGUUACGAUGCAGGGCUACAGCUUGUCCAACAACAAGUGUAAAAACGCAUUCGAUAGACCAGAGUACCAUUUUUGGGAAACUGGUUCUAUUCGCCGUGUGUUUGCGCGCACAGUAAGAGAUUCUGUGCGUGCCGUCCAUGAUUUUGUCUUACGCUUACCACAUGCGCCGCGCCCGCGGUUGUCGAUCAAGCAAAAGGCAACCCCUAGAACGGAUAGAUUUAGCGGGAAUGGCGUUAAAACAGUGUUGGGAAGUUGUAUUGGCGUUUGUAUUCUUUUUUUCUUUCGCGUCUUUGUAUGUACGUGCUUGUGUAUGUUUAUUGGACUAACUCAAGCGAAAAACUGCAUCAAACAUUCCUUCCCGCCUUUACCUUGUCAGAAGAAGUUGAAGGUGGCUGCUAGGUAGAUGCUCUAGGAAAUGCUAUAUCUUAUAAAUUAAUAUCUUAUCAUAUAUCUUUGAUUGCCAGUUUAACAAAAAGCUAUCAAUGAAUAUCCAUAC